UUGAGACGACUUUGCAACAAGGGGCUAGGUACGGGACACCUUGGGAACCCACAGAGAAGGGCUGGGCCAUGGCAAAGGUCCUGCUCCAGCCUCCGUGGCUCCGGACAGCCAAAGGAGCGCCCCGCUGCCACUGGCGUCAGGGCAGAGCGUGACAAUGGCCAGGCGAGAGCAGCAAAGGGCCUUUGCCAUCAGGACGGGCCAAGCUCUGCUCUCAGACACUUCCCCAAACGCACUCGAAAUUAUCUUAAUAUCAGUGUUGCUGCAGAACGGGGUGAAGGAUUUCCGUUGGAAAGCAAGAGCUCAGGCACUUCCUCCAGCAGCGUCACUGCGAUGCGGGAGGGCUCGCGAGGCAGACACUUUUGAACGGGACACGCUGGGCAGCCCCCAGCAAUGCCCCUUCCCUGGGCUUGACGAUGGCCGUGGAGCUGAGAGUCCUCCUCCUGCUGCCGCUCUGGGUCCCAGGUCUCCAUGCCCAAACAACCGAUGCUGUGGAGAGAUUAUCAGAAGGAAGCACUCUCUAUAUCCACUGUCCUUACACAGCACAGAGAAACUACCAGCACCCAAAAGCCUGGUGCCGCCUGAGAGGUGACAAAUGGGAGCCCUUAGUGGAGACGACCGUAUCAAGCCAAUACCCGUCUGUGACCCGGGCCACAAAUGGGAAAGUUACAAUAGAGGACUAUCCCCUGAAUCACACCGUAUCCAUCACCAUGGUCAACCUCCAGGCAGAGGACUCAGGCAUAUACUCCUGUGCUUACCCUCACUACCCCGACCUAUAUUAUCUUCUAAAAACAAUCUCUCUGAUUGUUUUCAAGGAGUUGCACCGGUACGAGUUGGACAGUCUCUCUGUGCAGUGCCCGUACAGCACCCACGGCUACGGCACAGAUACAAAAACCUGGUGUCGAACACAAGGUCGCACUGAGUGUAACGUCGUGGCGAGGACAGGUUACCCUUCAGCACGUCGGAACAAUAAAGACCUGGAAGGCAGAACAUUGGUCUGGGAUCGCACCAGGCAGAGGACUGUCACCAUCACCAUGCAGAAGCUGCAGGCCCACGACACCGGCCUGUACUGGUGUGCACUCUCCAGAGGUGGUCCCCUCACCCCUAUAAUGGGGGUCAAGCUCUCGGUGUCCAAGAAGCCUACAGGCUGA